AGCAAUCUUCACUUUGCACCAAUCAGAUUGGCGCUAUGGAAGCCGAGCUAGGUCAAGCGUUGCUUUAAGCCGCGUAGCAGCAUGACGUUUUGGGCAUUCUUUCAAUGGCGAGAUAGGGGAUAGGAUGGAGGAGAUUCCUCAGCUAAGAAGGAUGAACAGAGAAAGGAGAUAAUGAUCCGCUGAAAGGGAACAAUACCGGUUUUAAUGGUUAGAGGGGUAACACGAAGAGGGCGGUUUAAAAGGAAGGUACAAGAAAACUGCUGUGUUACUACGUAUGCAGCCAGUCACACAGCAGGGAGGAAGGGGGUCUUGUCUAUAAUGACAGAGAAAUCCGAGCAUUUUGGAGGUGCCAGGAUUCGAGAAAUAAGAUUGCCUUAGAGAGACCCUUUAAGAAGUUGGCUUUAUUGUUGAGAAUGGCUGGACGAAGCUGCAGGGCAUGGUUCAGUGUGCUUUUGGGACUGGUGGUCGGGUUUACCCUGGCUUCCUUUGUAAUCUUACCAAGGGCCACGGAGCUGAAGAACGCCGGACAGAAGCGAGCGAGCACGGGCGGCUGCGGGCUGCAACGGGGUCUGCGCAGAGACUACAGCGGCGCACAAGUUUGGCAACCGCAACAAGAUAACAGCGUGUUGUCAACAGACAAACCGGUGCCCAGGUCUAAGAAUUUCCUCUUUGUCGGCGUAAUGACAGCACAGAAGUAUCUGGAUAACCGGGUUGUGGCUGCUCACAGGACUUGGGCUCAGACAAUCCCUGGCAAGGUGGCGUUUUUCUCCAGCGAAGGCUCAGACUUGUCCUUGCCCAUCCCUGUUGUAGCGCUGGACCAUGUGGAUGACUCGUACCCGCCCCAGAAGAAGUCCUUCAUGAUGAUCAAGUACAUGCAUGACCACUUCCUGAACCAGUACGAGUGGUUCAUGCGGGCAGAUGAUGACGUCUACAUCAAGAGCGACCGGCUGGAGAGCUUCCUGCGCAGCCUCAACAGCAGCGAGGCUCUCUUCCUGGGGCAGACGGGCAUGGGCGCCAGGGACGAGCUGGGGAAGCUGGCGCUGGAGCCGGGAGAGAACUUCUGCAUGGGCGGCCCAGGCGUGAUCAUGAGCCGGGAGGUGCUGCGGAGGAUGGUGCCCCACAUCAAGACCUGCCUGCAGGAGAUGUACACCACGCACGAGGACGUGGAGGUGGGCCGCUGUGUCAGGAGGUUCGCGGGCGUGCAGUGCGCCUGGUCUUACGAGAUGCAGCAGUUGUUCUAUGAAAACUACGAACCCAACAAGAAGGGCUACAUCAGAGACCUGCACAACAGCAAGAUCCACCGAGCCAUGACUCUGCACCCGAACAAGAACCCGCCCUACCAGUACCGUCUUCACAGCUACAUGCUGAGCCGCAAGAUCGCCGAGCUGCGCCACCGCACCAUCCAGCUACACCGCGAGAUUGUCCAGAUGAGCAAGUACAGCAACACGGAGGUCCACAAAGAUGACCUGCAGCUGGGAAUCCCACCCUCCUUCAUGCGCUUCCACCCCCACCAGCGCGAGGACAUUCUGGAGUGGGAGUUCCUGACUGGGAAGUACAUUUAUUCAUCAGCAGAUGGGCAGCCUCCCCGGAGAGGGAUGGAUUCCUCCCAGAAGAUUGCCUUGGACGACAUUGUCAUGCAGGUUAUGGAAAUGAUCAAUGCCAACGCCAAGACCAGGGGAAGGGUCAUUGACUUCAAAGAGAUCCAGUACGGCUACCGCCGAGUCAACCCUAUGUACGGAGCCGAGUAUGUCUUGGAUCUGCUCCUGCUGUACAAAAAGCACAAGGGAAAGGCAAUGACUGUCCCGGUAAGGAGGCAUGCCUACCUGCAGCAGACCUUCAGCAAGAUCCAGUUUACAGAAGAGGAGGAGAUAGAUGCCAGAGAAUUGGCCAGCAGAAUCAACCAAGACUCCGGCUCCUUGUCAUUCCUCUCCAACUCCUUGAAGAUGUUGGUUCCUUUCAAACUUGGCGGCACGAACGCAGAGUACAAAGAGCCCAAAGAGACGAAAAUCAACAUUUUGGUCCCGCUUUCAGGGCGUUACGAAAUAUUUGUCAGAUUCAUGGCGAACUUUGAGAAAACUUGCCUUAUCCCGAAUCAGAAUGUCAAAUUGCUGCUUCUGCUUUUCAGCACAGACAACAAUACCGAAAAGAUGAAACAGGUCGAGUUGAUGAGAGAAUAUCAUAUGAAGUAUCCAAAGGCUGACAUGGAGAUCAAGUCAGUGUCUGGUCCGUUUUCCAGGGCCCUGGCUCUGGAUGUUGGCUCUUCCCGUUUUUCCAACGAUUCUUUGCUUUUCUACUGUGACAUAGACCUUUUAUUUACAGCAGACUUCAUGAAAAGAUGUAGAAGCAAUACAAUAUUAGGAGAGCAGUCCUAUUUCCCAAUCAUAUUUAGCCAGUACGAUCCAAAGGUUGUCUAUGCUGGAAAAGUCCAAAGUGACAACCAUUAUGUUUUCACUCUCAAAACUGGUUUGUGGAGGCACUAUGGGUUUGGCAUUACCUGUGUUUAUAAAGGGGACCUAAUUCAGGCCGGAGGCUUUGACGUCGGCAUCCAGGGAUGGGGUUUGGAAGAUGUGGACCUUUUUAACAAAUUUGUUCAAUCAGGCAUUAAAAUAUUUAGAAGCACGGACAUUGGUAUUGUACAUGUUCACCACGCGGUCAUAUGUGACCCCAAUCUUGAUCCAAAACAGUAUAAAAUGUGCUUGGGAUCCAAAGCCUCAUCGCAUGGGUCAACACAGCAGCUGGCUGAACUGUGGCUUGAAAAAAAUGACCCCAGCUUUCAGAGAAUCAGCAAUAAUAAUAAUAAUGGAUCAAUGAGGACAUCAUGAACCAGCUUGACUGGUUUUUAACUACCUAAUUUAUUUUUACAAUUUUUUUUUUUUUUUUUUUUUAAAGACCACAGUAGGAUAUAUUUUAGAAAAGGAAAUUUCUAACAGACAAACUUUUUCAAGAUGAGGUUUUUGUUUUCUUGUGGCUGAGCCUAAACCAAUGUAAAUGUGCAUUGUUUUUUUUAAAGCAAUGGAAUGGGAACUAUGAACAAAUAGAGGGGUUAUGUUUUUAUAGUUUGUAUUACUAGCAUGUUAAGAACAUCCAGAAAGCUUAAAUAUUGAAGAUACUGUGAUGACAGUAUUGCGCUAUCAGUGGUCUGUCAAGAUUGUCCAAAUAAUGGAGACUACAGUACUUGUCGUGUUUGAAUGAGGUUCUGGAUCGGGAGUAUAUAUGUAAACUGGCUGUGCUGUGAAACUUUUUUUGUUUUGUUUUAAUUGGGCAUAUCAAGUGGAUAAGUCUUGAAUUUUGAGCAAUGGUAUGAGGCUACAUUUGUAGUUUUUUUUUUUUAAAUUUUUUUUAUGGUUUACAGGAAGGUGCAUGAAGACACAAAAUAAUUCACAGGGAAUUGAGAGUUUCAUGGAUUUAUGUGGGGUUUUGGGAUUUUUUUUCUUAAAAUUGAGAGUAACACUGAACUUAUUUAAGUUUUUCAUUUUAUGUUCAAUUAAAAGUACAUUUUAAGAAACGUUUUUCUUCCUCAGUCAUCUGCUGGAUUUUAAAAUGUCUGCAUUAUUAAAUGCUGACUGUCUAAUUUAUUGAAUAUUCAUUCACUUUGUUUUCUGUUAUCAGAUCAUUGGUUGAUGUAUUGUUACUUAUGUAUUUUAGAAGGAUUGUAUGACAUUGUAUCAUUGUAUCACUCUUUUGGGUAGCCUAUUUUUUUUUCUGUUUUUCUUUUUACUUUUUUCAGAGUAAACUGAUUUCCAAAGAGUUUUUGCACAGUUGCUUCUUUGUUUGACUUUCUGCAUCUGUGCAUACCCUGCUAAUGAAGGUACAUAACCACCAGAACAGGAUAUACUGCAGAAAUAUAGCAAACGGGGCAACAUACUGUACAACCUUGUAUAUACAGAGGAGUCUGACCAAGGGACUGGAGUCCAAGUACUCCAUAGCAGUCUGUGUGGAUUAGGACUAUUCUGCAAUUUGUUUAUACAGUAAUCCACCCUGGAGGUGUUUUAAUGUAUUUUCUGUGCUUUACACUUUGUACAGUGAAGACCAAUCUCCCACCAUAGCCUUUUUUUUACUUCUAUGGGGCUUUUGUUUUCAGUAUGUUCAAACCUUGUUCCAAAGGGUAUGGUUUUAUAUUUAAGGAAUAAAAUUAUUUUACAAAAAACACACACAA